AAAUAAAAAUGUAAAAAUAUCAAUAACAUAUGCUACCGGGACUCUUAAAAUCCCUAAAACCCGAAAUCGUCUGUACAAGCACGCCAUGGACGUCGAUGUCCGAAGGAAAGCAGAUCAACCAGGAAUCGAAGAUGACGACCUGUUCAGAGCCGCAGAAUCUGGCGAUGCUUCCGUGUUCAGAUCCCUAUCUUCAGUUCAAAUGGCGAAAUUGCUCUCUCUAAGGAACGAAGAUGGUCGCUCUCUUCUCCAUGUCGCCGCUUCUUCCGGCCACCCAGAGGUGGUUAGAGUACUGUCAGCUGCUGAUGGAUCCGGGAGUAUAGUGAAUGGCACGGACGAGGAAAGCUGGGCGCCUAUCCAUUCAGCAACUAGCAUUGGCAAUGUGGAAAUUGUGGAAAUUUUAUUGAGCAGAAAGGCUGAUGUUAAUUUGAAAAAUAAUGGUGGUCGAACUGCUCUUCAUUAUGCUGCCAGCAAGGGGUGGAUGAAGAUUGCUGGACUUCUGAUUGCACAUGGUGCAAAAAUUAACGUGAAGGACAAGGUUGGUUGCACUCCAUUGCAUAGGGCAGCUAGCACAGGGCAUUCAGAAUUGUGCGAACUUUUAAUUGAGGAAGGAGCUGAGGUUGAUGCCACCGACAAAGCUGGUCAGACUCCUCUUAUGCAUGCUGUGAUUUGCCACAACAAUGAGGUAGCACUCCUCCUUGUAAGACAUGGAGCAGAUGUGGAUGCGGAAGACAGCGAUGGAUACUCUGUGCUUGGCCGAACAUCAGAUGGUUUUAAGCCUGCGCUAGUUGAUGCUGCCAAGGCUAUGCAUGAAGGAUAAAAUGUUCCAGAAAUAAACUCAAGAUUUUCUGUAAGCUAAUUGAAUGUGGGUGUAAAAAUUGUAUUGUGCGGAAAACUUGACUUGCUAUCAUUUGUAGGAUAAAAGGUGGGAAAAGUCAAAAGAGACAGUCAAAUCUAAUUUAUAAUUACUUCAUGUGAGAACGUCAAAUGCCAAAGCAGCAGUUUUACUCCUCUUACAUGUAGUACAAUAGUUUUCUUCUU